AUGAAAGCCGCCCAAUUCUACGGCAAACGCGACAUCCGCGUGAAUGAUGUCCCCAAACCCUCCCCCCUACCUCACGAAGCCCUCGUCGCCAUCGAAUGGAGCGGAAUCUGCGGUUCCGACCUCCACGAAUACCUAGUUGGACCACUCGUAAUCCCCACGAAAGACAACCCACACCCCGCAACCCACGAAUCCCUCCCCGUAACCCUCGGCCACGAGUUCUGCGGGCGCAUCGUGUCCGCGCCCGAGGGAUCACCCCUCUCCCCAGGCCAACCCGUCUCCGUCGACCCGCGCAUCUUCUGCCGCUCCUGCACGCGCUGCUCCGAAUCCCACACAAACGCCUGCCGCACAUGGGGCUUCAAAGGGCUGUCCGGCUCCGGCGGCGGGUUCUCCGAGGCCGUCGCCGUCGACGCGAAGCUGUGCUACCCGCUGCCCGAGCACGUGGAUCUGCGGCUCGCGGCGCUGAUUGAGCCGUUGGCCGUCGCGUGGCAUGCGAUUGCGAUUAUUGGCGAUGUUGACUGGACGACGACGAGCGCGCUGAUUGUUGGGGGUGGGCCGGUAGGCAUCGCGCAUAUUCACUGUUUGCGCGCGAAGGGGUGUAGGAGGAUCUUUGUGUCUGAGCCUACGGCGACGCGUGCGGCCCAGAACAGGGAGUUUGCGGACGAAGUGUUUAAUCCGAUUGAAGAGAAUGUUGGAGACCGCGUGAGGGAGUUGACGGGCGGAGAGGGGGUGGAUAUUGUGUUUGAUUGCGCGGGAAUUCAGAAGGGGUUGGAGGCGGGGAUGGAUGCGUUGAGGCAUCAUGGGACAUAUAUGAAUGUUGCGGGGUGGGAGACGCCUAUGAACGUUCCGGUUGGGUUGUUCAUGUUGAAAGAGAUUCACAUGAGGGCGAGUUUGUCGUACACUGAUCAACACUACAAAGAGACAGUGGAUGCUUUCGUUGCCGGCAAAUUCAAAGGCGUGGAGAAAAUGGUCACCAGUCGCAUUCACAUUGACGACAUCUCGACGAAGGGAUUCGACGAGCUCGUUGCGAAUAAGGAUAAACAUAUCAAGAUCCUAGUCACAGCGCACAAAGAUAAGUUAUAAAACACAG